UAGUCGCUAAUGGAAAUGCAACCUGGAUCGGCACCACGAAAUCUCCCCGUCUCGCGUUAACCCUUGGGUUGCUGUCUUCCGCCGAAAUCGUGUCCAUUUUGCACAUCGCGAUGGAAUACUUCAUCUCGUGGUGGACAACGCCUCAACUCGUAAAGUAUCUGAAUGACUGGAACCCAACCCAGGGAUCAUUUUCGGAACAGAAAUAUGGAAACGUGGACAUUACCAAAUUUCGGAAUAUAUUUUCCACCGCGUAUUUUAUCGGAACGGUGCCAUUAUUUUCGGUUUUAGUUCUAAUUUCAGAUAUACGUUUUGUCCUGGAUUUUCCCAUUUAUGUCGUACUGCAUCAACUCUACUGUCUAAUUUCAACGGGUGCCUAUGUUCUGGAUGAUAUUAAAGUUGUACUGUUGCUGAAAUGUGUUGAGGGAUGUUUUUCAGAGGUUCGCAUUAUACAAACAGUUCUUAAAAUUAGACACUUGUGUAAUAGGCAAACUCACGUCAAACUUUCACAAAUCUACCAUAUUUUACAAACUUCGCAAAUUUUAUCACAUCAGCAGAACUUUUGCGAAAUUUGGAAAGAUUUCGAAAACUUUUUAUGAACAAGGAUUGCAUUUUGGGUUACAAGUUUACCCAGGUGAUAGGCAGGCAUGUUUUUCGUACAUAUGUACUUGCGAAAAUUAUUUCCCAAACUCUCCGUCAGAAAUUACGAAAUUUGUGAAGAAAUAUUUUGCAAAGUCCGCUAUUUACAGCAAAUUUUUUAGGAUAGACAAAUUCGAUAAAUGAGUAGCGAUGGGGAAUAUGACGUUGUCGUAAGUACGCCACAAUUUUAUUAAAUUUUGCAUCUGAACAAUUUUAUAUUUCAGAUCCGCAAACAAAUUCAGUCGACUAGUUUCUCUGAUAAAGUCCAACUUCGUAAUUUGCAAGGGCUUCUUGUAAUGGUGCGAUCACGAGCAGAGUCGUGUGGCCGAUAUUUGACCAUUUCUCAAAUUUUGUCAAUCCUUUUCUCAAUUUAUUACACGUCCGCAACCCUCUACAUUUGCGUUACGCUCAGUUGGAGUCCGAAAUACUUUGUGGUGUUGGGACAAAUGUCGUUUUUCAGUUUGUGGUCACUUUGCCGGGUUGUAAUAAAAAUUUGGGCUGCGACCGACGUGACGGAAGAGGACAAGAAAAUUGCCAAGAUUAUCAAAGACAAGGAAUUAUUGAUGGUGGAGGACGAUUUAAAUCGGGAGCUACAAAGUAUUUACACCCUUUUGACCACGUGUCCAACGGAAAUUUCAUUAAACAAUUAUGUGACAUUGAACAAUUCUCUGAUUUUGGGGAUCUUUGGCCAAGCGUGCACACUUUUCAUAGUGUUUAUGCAAUUCAAUGCUUCUUAACAUACUUUAUUUUUAGUGUGCAUUCUUAGUAUAGGUUAAUUGUGUAUACUGAUCGGUUGUCAUUCGAUUAGUGGCAAUUAUUUACAUAUUUAACGACUAGAAAUUAUUAAGUAGCCGAAGGAACGUUAUUGUUGCGAGGAUGACAAAGUAAAUAAA